ACUUUCUAAAUACGUUAGGAAAAUUGAUCCAAAUUCUAAAAGUUUGUAAGCAUUAUAACGAUGGUUCAGGACGCAAUUACCCUCAGCGAUUCGGCCACUAUUGUCACGGAUUACCUGCUAUUCUGCAUCAACUCGAUCCUCUUUCAGCGGGGCGUCUACCCGCCGGAGAAGUUUGACAGUGUGCCCAAGUACGGCCUCACCGUUCGUAUAUCGACAGACGAAAAAAUCGCUGGAUUUCUGGAGAAAGUCCUGGGCCAGGUAGCGGAAUGGAUUGCCCGAAACAAGGUGCAGAUGAUUUCUAUGGUCAUUACCAAGUUAGACACGGGAGAAGUUCUCGAACGGUGGGACUUUAAAGUGCACCGCGAACCGCCUGAAGACGGCGGACAGAUAAAUUCUACCAAUCCCGUUUCUUCGAAAAGCAUCAACAGAACCCAGUUGGAGAUCCGGGAAGUGAUGCGACAGAUCGCGGCCUCUGUCAGCUACCUACCGUCACUCGAGCACGCCUGCACGUUUGAUAUGCUAAUUCACACAUUGAAUAACUGCAAUGUUCCGAAAAUGUGGGCUGAAACGAACGAGGUGCAAAUCCAGAACACUGAAACCAUGUAUCUGAGGCCAUUUUCAACCGGGUUGCAGAGGGUGGAAACGUUUGUUCACUACCAGCUCACAGAUUAGGAAUCGGAUAAGAAGCACCUGUUUCCUCAUUUAAAACUCUAUUCCCAUCGAUGCGGUGUGUCUUUUAGGUAUCGGUUUGAACCAUAGUUACUCGUUUUGGAAUAUUUAUUUGAUAUUUAGGAUACCUACGAGGUAUAAUAACUGU